UUAUUUUGCAGUCAAAUUCAUUUUGGUAAUCAUUUAACUUUUACAUAAAAACUAUGACCAAACUAGAGAUAAAUAUAUAUCGGCAAGUCUAUAUAUUAUUUAUUACGUUAAUUUUCAUAAUGUGUAUCAUGAAAUUUUAAUUUUUCGUUAAGUUACGAAUUAUUUGUAGCUUGUGUGUAGGUAUGACAUUAAUAUAAGUUUUAAAUAGUUAGAGUAAUUAUUUAUCGUGAAAAUAUGUUAUUUAUUGUGUUAUUGAUUGAGAAAAUGGAAAUAGUGUCAAAUGAUACUUUGUUACCAUCAAUAUGUCAGAUUAAUCAACCAUGCAUAAAAGAUGUAAAAAACAAAUAAAGUAAAUAAUGUAAGAAAUUACACAUUUACUAAUGUUCAACAUUAUUGUAAAUCCUUAAAUUGUAUAUAAAUACAAGAAUAAUGAUAGAAUAGUAAACCAAUGGUAUGUUAUACAUAUAUUCUCAUUAAACAGAAAUAAAGAUAUAUUAUAAAAAUAUUGACAUCUUUACGUCAUAUAUUUAUCAAAAGGUUUUUUUGUUUAUAUGAUAGAUUCCAAAUGAUAGAUUUUUAUGGAUUGCUAUUGAUUUUGAUGAUCAUGUGAUACCUCUCAACUAUAGUAGUUUUAAGAGUGACGGAGAGUGCGCAUUGUAUUUCUAGUUCAUAUUCAACAAUUUCAUUUAAUAAUCAUAACUUAAACAUUCUGAUUACUCAAACAUUUUGUAACGAAUAAUUUAAUAAAUUUAUUCUUUAUUAAUUAAUGAAAUAAAAUUAGCAAUAAUUUAUAACAAAAAAAUAUUUACAUUACAUACAUAUUUUUUCUUUUAGAAUGUUUAAAUUGUGGUAUGUUAUGAUUAGAUAAAAAUUUCUCUCUCGGUUCAUAGUGCGCUUCAGAUGCAGACUUCAUAAGAGACGAUGAUAACCAAGAGUCAGUCUCAGUUAAUAUUGUAGUCAUCACUUGUUGUGUGCUUGAUUUACCAAUAAACUUUCACCUUAUUAUUAAUAACGAUGAUUGUGAAAAAUAGUUAAUAAAGUGUUUAACAUGAUCGACUAAAAAUAAGAAAUUUUGUGUUACUAUAAUGAUUCAUAAAAAGUGAAUAAAAUAACUAUCGCAUUAAAGUAUUUUAAAACGAUAAUAAAGAAUGAAAAUCAAUUAUUCUUAUUACUAUACAGUGAUUUUCUAAUUAUUUAUAUAUAAAAUAAUGUUUAAAUUUUAUCAAAGAUAAAAUAAAAUAAUCAAACUGAAUCGAAAUGCCGGCUUGUACAAGUGAUAAUUCGUUGCAUUUACAUUUUUCAAGUCCACAAAGAUCACGGAGUAGUAGUAGUUCACCUUUAUUACCAAGCUCUCCAAUUUUUAAUUCUCCACCAGAACAAAUAACUAUGAUUAGUACAAAACGUUCUACUUCAGAUGUUUCAUACUCUUCAAAAUGUUCAUCAUGGCAUGAAGCAUCGAGUACUUUGAAUCCAUCAAAAGGAAUAACUAAUCGACGUAGGGAAAAUUUAGAAUCUCAAUUAACGAAUCAUACGUUGGUAUCGAGACCGAAACCAAUUGGAUCUCAUGUGCAAAGAGGUUUUUUUAAGCAAAUUAUUUUUUGGUAUUUAAAUAUUAUCUUUAAAUUAUUUAAUGGAACAAUUAAUACAAUUAUAUUUAUGAUGAGAGCACCAACAUUGUGGGCAUCAAUUUGGUUGUGUAUAUUUUUUGUUAUUCUACAAUUACCAUUAACACUUUUAAAGUGGUUUAUCACAAUUUUACAUACUCCAGCAUCUGAAGUAUCUCGUAAUAAACGAUGUGUAUUAAUAAGCGGUGGUAGUACUGUGCAAGCAGUGCAUUUAGCAAGAAAUUUUUACAGAGCUGGUGCUCGAGUAGUUGUGUGUGAAGUAGAAGGACUUUUUAGCCUUUGUAGAUUCUCGAUAGCUUGCUCCAAGUUCUAUACAAUACCAAGACCUGGUCCAGGGAAUGUAGCAGAAUAUGUUAAAGCUUUGAAAAAUAUUGUGGAGAAAGAAAAAGUUGUUUAUUAUAUUCCAGUCAGUUCAACGAAUCCAGCUUAUUACGAUGCUUUAGCGAAACCUCAUUUAAAACUAUUAGGCUGUGAGUGUUUUAUUCCAAAUGCAAUAGAUGUAACGAUUUUAGACAAUCCAUUAGAAUUGUUGAAACGUUGUCAAUCAAUUGGUCUAGCAGUACCAGCUCAUUUUAUCAUAAGAUCUGUUGAUGAUGCUUUAAAUCUUUAUGAAAGUGGUGUUUUACGAUCAGGAAGACAUGUUAUGCUAUCAGCAGCUUCAGCUGGAAUAAGAGAACGUGUCAAAGUAACACUACCACCGAAUGCACAAGAAUUUCAAAAUAUACGACAUGAUAUCAGUGAUAAAAAACCAUGGGUUAUUAUUAAAGAUCCAGGUGGUUCCCAUUUCAUCACUUGUACAACUAUUAAACAUUCACAAAUAGUGGCUAAUGUGACAUGUCGUGUUGAUGAAACAAAAGGAUUAAUUCCAGAAAUGAGAAAUGAUGUAACAGAAUGGUUGGAAAAUUUUUUUUCACGUUCAUUCAAUUGUACGUCUGUUAAUGGACAUGUAAGCUUCAGAUUUGUGCUUUCGGAGAAUAAUGAACUUGUAUCUAUUGGAUGUCGUGUGGGUAUUGGUCUUCCUUAUGUUUGCUUUACUAGCAUUCAUCCUCGUUUAGUUUGGAAACCAUGUCGACAUUUUUCACGUCAAAAUUCUGGACCACUACUAGUUGGUGAAACUUGCCAAAGUAAAGAAAAAGCUUUCCCUAGUGCUGUUAAACAAGCAACUAUUAAUACAACUAAUUAUUUCAAUAGUGCUAUUGAUAAAAGAGAGGCUCUUUUUGUUUAUUGGGAUCCACUUCCUUAUUGUGCCUUUUAUCAUCUUCAGUUACCUUUCUUUCGAAUUACUAAUGCUCUUAGAGCACGACCACGUCAACAUAAUCCACCUCUUGCAGUUAUUCAAUAAAUUAAAUCAUAAAUAAUUUAUUUACUUUUUUCUAAAUAUUUAUUUUAUUCUUUUUUAUACUAUUAUUAAAUUGUAUUUUUUAUUAUAAUUUAUCCUUAAAUAAAAAUGUUCAAGACAUUCAUCGAAAAAUAUGUCUACAGAAUAAUAAAUAAUAUCAAGAUCUCAAUUAGCGAAAACAACAAAGAUGAAAAGAGAGAAAAAAUGAACAUAAGCAUUGGGUUAAACUUGUAAGCUUUAUUAUCAAGUUGAGUGGUAUUUUUUUUUUAUUAAUCAGCAAUAUGUAUAGAGAUUUGGUAUUUAUGUGUUGGUGUGGUGAUUAUAUUAAUACAAACAUCCGUGGAAAAUUUACAGCAUUAUCAUAACAUUUAUACAUUUAUUUAAUAAAUAAUUACCAACAAUAUCUCCAAUCAAGUAUACUUGGGCAUAAUAAAUAAUUUCAAUCCAAACACUCUACUAAUUUUAUUUAUAUUAUUAAAUUUAUAUAUUUAUUUAUGUAAAUAUAUUAUACUCGAUAUGUACAAAUUAAUUUGUAAAUAAAAUUUUUAUUAUUAAAAAUUUAAUAUAUAUAUAUGAAAUAAAAAAUAAAAAAAUAGGAAGCGGAAAUGAGUGCACGUGAUACAGUAGUAGAAAAUAAAUCAUUAAAUGAUUUUGUAAAAAGUGUGAAUGACUUAUUUUAGUACUCUUAAUAUUUUAUAAUAUAGUAUUUUAGUAUUUAAAUGUCAUAUGUUUAUAUAAAAUAAAUGAUAAUUAAAUUAAUAUUUUUAUUAUCAUACAUAAAUAAUAAUUAAAAUUUUU